GCUGAGCAUCGCUAUUUGGGACAGACAGCCAUAUAUGUAGGCAUCGAAACCUCGACAGUUGAUUGACACAGUUUGUUAGCCAAACCAUCAAACUCAGCUUGAAGCAAGAUCGGUCAUAAUGUUCUAUCGACCCGGCAUAGAUGAGCACGGUCUGCCCCAUGAUCCAUUCAAAGGCUGUGUGGUCCCUCGCCCAAUCGGCUGGAUCUCGACACUCUCUCCAACCGGACAAGCAAACUUAGCACCAUACUCCCAAUUCAACAACCUCACAUUCGACCCACCCUACGUGAUGUUCAGUGCCAACCAGACGCCCACUGCACGACAAAAGGAUACGGUCAGGAAUACUGAAGCCACCGGGAAAUUCUGCUGGAAUCUGGCUACCUACGAUCUGCGCAAGGCUGUCAACAUCACUGCUGAACAGACCGAGUAUGGCGUCGAUGAAUUCGAGAGAGCUGGGUUAGCGAAGGUGGAUAGUACGCUCAAUGAGAUUUACGUCAAAGGCGAGAAGAGGAAGAUUCCCAUGGUGAGGGAUAGUCCUGUGAGAUUUGAGUGCGAACACUAUACGACACUGCGACUACCUGGUGCGCCGCCGGUAGGCUCGGUGGAUGUCGUCAUUGGCAGGGUCGUGGGGAUUCAUAUCGAUGAGAGGGUGUUGACGAACGGCAAGAUCGACACACAGAAGACUGUACCGAUCGCGCGAUGUGGCUACUACGAAUACACCGCUAUCAGAGAGGUAUUCGAGAUGACGGUCCCGGGCUUGUCUGAAGACAUGAUGGCGGGGCUGGAGGGAAACAGUAAGCGGUUUCAAGGGGCGAUAGCGGAGAAUGAGAACAAAGGAAUAACGAGAGGAGAGGAUGCUGAGGUAGAGAAGAAAUAAUGAGGAUCUGUCAAGCUCAAGGCAGGAGUACUGAGUCCAAUGCCAAAGCUACAUCCGGGGGCAAGAAGGGAUUUCUGCUUGCAACUUGAGAUUCAGCCGAAUCUUAACGUCAAUAUCAAUUCCGUCGAGCAGAUUAAAGGCGUCGGUGUUAUGCGCAACAUAAUCCCAAUGUACGAUCAAACCGAUCAAACCGAUCAAUGAGUUGUGUUGAGGGCGUA